AAAACAAUCUUUCAGCAUUCUAAUCUGAGGGCGCCGUUCACAAUUCUCCUAACCCUAACUUCAGAUCAAGUUCUUCAGACAUGGCGACGAGGGUGCUCUCUCAGAAGGAGCAGGACAUUCAAAUGAUGUUGGCUGCGCACGUGCACCUAGGAACCAAAAAUUGCGACUACCAGAUGGAGCGCUACGUAUACAAGCGAAGGAGUGACGGGAUAUACAUAAUUAAUCUUGGAAAAUCUUGAACUUGGGAAAAGAUACAACUUGCGGCUAGAGUAAUUGUUGCCAUUGAGAACCCCCAGGACAUAAUCGUUCAAUCUGCUAGACCUUAUGGUCAAAGAGCUGUCUUGAAGUUUGCGCAGUACACUGGUGCUCACCCUAUUGCUGGGAGGCACACGCCUGGAACCUUUACUAACCAGCUCCAAACAUCCUUUAGUGAGCCCCGUCUGCUUAUUCUGACUGAUCCAAGGACUGAUCACCAGCCAAUUAAGGAAUCUGCUCUUGGAAACAUUCCAACAAUUGCCUUCUGUGAUACUGAUUCACCAAUGCGAUUUGUUGACAUUGGAAUUCCGGCUAAUAACAAGGGAAAACACAGUAUAGGUUGUCUCUUCUGGUUGCUGGCAAGGAUGGUCCUUCAGAUGAGGAAUACUAUUGCUCCGGGCCACAAGUGGGAUGUUAUGGUUGAUCUCUUCUUUCACAGAGAUCCUGAGGAAGCCAAGGAGCAGCAGGAAGAAGGGGAGGCUCCUGUUGCCCCUGAGUAUGCUGCUAUAGCUGAAUAUGGUGGCAUUUUACCUUCUGAACAAUGGCCUACCGAUUUGCAAAUGCCUGAUGUGGGAGCCACGGGCUUGGUUGCACCUGGUGGUGCCGAAUGGGCCUCUCCUCAAGCACCUGCUGAAUGGGAUGGCGCCGCGGCUCCAAAUGCAGACAAUGAUUUGCCUCCUGCUGGUGUUGUGCCUCCCACUGGUUGGGAUCCAGUCUCAGUCCCUUCCACUGGCUGGGAUUAAUAAAUUUUGAUGUUUUAGUCCAGUUUAUCAAAUUUGCUUGAUGUAUGAAUCAUCAUGGAACGGUAAGAUGUGUUUCAGUAGUGACUUUUUUUAUUGCAUGUUUCUCCAUAUUUGAAAUUUUUUGUUUUUAGAGAUAACAACUAUAAUGGAAGAUGUUAUAUGGCUGAAUAUAUUUAAUUUGAGAGAGUUGUUUCCCCAGCA